GUGCGUACUUGAUGAACGGAAAAGCAAAUCUCUGGAGAACCUGGAAAGGUCGAAGUCUACGCUGGGCGUAGCCUUGUCGCUUGUUGAAGGGAGACGAUCUGCCUUUAGUCAGAAGAGGUCAGAUGAGGUCAGAUGCUGUGGUACAGCAAAACUCUCAAAUCAAUUCCACAAUGGAUAAGCAACUGCAAGAGCUGUCAAUACAAUUCAGAAAGACAGCUCUUCUGCAGAAAGAUGUGCUCAAGGCGACUCGGACAAAUCAACUAGAGCACGCCAAGACCCGAGGAACGAUAGCAGAUGGCAACCAAAAAUUGAUCAAUACGGUUUCCUCCAAGCUUGACGACCUACGUGCUUCUAUUCCCAAAGAGUCUAUCGUAGCAACAAAGAGCGACAGAGAGAUAUGA